CACUUGCACUCUGUUCUUUAUAAAGCUGCACUACUGGAACUGGUGCAAUAGUUAGAGUGAGAAAAAAUAUACUUGUCUGAUAUUGCACCAGUUCAGCAGUGCAGAUAUAUGUACCGAAGGAUGUGUUGCUCGACGGAUCUAAAAAACUGGCCAAUAUUCAGCUUGCUGGACCAAGAAUUUAUUUUGCAGAUUCACAUGGUUGUGGUAUAUGGUAACUUGGGCAAUGAAGCUCUUAUCGUAACAAAGGACAAGACAGUAUAUGCUAUGGGCAAUAAUAUCGCUGGUUGUUUGGGAACUGGUGACUCUCAUAGUACACUAUAUCCCAGGAGAGUGGAACCUUUGUGCAGCAAGGAUAUAAAAACAUUUGCCUAUGGUAGUGGACCUCAUGUCUUGGCACUCACAGAGAAUGGAGAGGUAUACUAAAGAGAGAGAGAGAGAGAGAGUUACAUUACAUACAAAAAUGAUUAAUCGGUAUAUUCUUGGGGCCACAACGGUUACUGUGAAUUGGGAAAUGGAACUUGCAACCAAGGUCUCACUCCUACAAUAGUGAAUAUGCCCAGUAUAGAGGGUGGUCCAAAUAUGAAACGCAUUGUAGACGUCGCGUGCGGUAGUCACCAUUCUCUUGCACUUACUGAGGAUGGAGAGGUGUACGCCUGGGGUCAGAAUAACUGUGGUCAAGUGAGUAGUGGUCUAAGCACGAAUCAAGGCACUCCGAGGCAGGUGAGUUCCAGUUUGGCUGGCAAGAAGGUCGUGUGCAUCGCGUGCGGUCAGACCUCAAGUAUGGCGGUGACCGAGAACGGGGAGGUAUACGGCUGGGGCUACAACGGCGUUGGUCAGCUUGGAAUAGGCAAUUACGUAAAUCAGGUGAAUCCGUACCGAAUCGCCUCAUUGACAGGCCACGUAAUAGUGAAAGUAGUAUGCGGAUACGCACAUACGCUCGCGCUUACAGACGAGGGCAAGUUAUAUGUAUGGGGCGGUAACAGUUACGGACAAUUGGGCAUUGGCAACAAGAAGAAUGUUUGCAGUCCGGAACCGAUGGCCACUAAUAUUGCCGAUGAGAUGGGGAGGAUCUCGGACAUAGCUGCUCUUCACUAUAGUCACAUCAGCGUUGCCGUUGGCAAGGGUGGACGUGUGUACAUGUGGGGUCACUGUCGUGGCCAGAGUAUUAGUACCCCGACCGCCACACCAUUUUCAAACAUACAUGACGCACUCGCGUGUUACGCAUCGCCAAGCGUUAUGCACAAACCACUGGUCUUGCGUAUGGACAAACAAUCGAACAUAUUGGAAUGCUUGGGCUCUGCUUUCGACGAUUCGUCGACGAGCGAUCUCACGAUAGAAGUGGAAGGUCAGCCGAUUUACGUUCACAAGGCUAUCUUGAAGAUCCGAUGCCCGUAUUUCAGAACCAUGUUCCAACACAAUUGGGCGGAAAACAAUCAGAGUGUUAUCCAGCACGAUCAGUUCUCGCAUGUGGUGUACAAAGCCUUCUUAAAGUAUUUGUACACCGGCACAGUCGACCUACCUACGGAAAAGGCAUUAGAACUUUUGGAUUUGGCUAAUGCAUACUGCGAGACUGAUCUCAAGAGACAUUGCAUCAACAUGGUAAAGCAGGGGGUAACUGUAGCGAACGUGGCGUUUCUCUACAGCACCGCGAUCGAAUACAAUGCACAGGAGCUGGAGGAGUUUUGUUUCAAGUUCGCUCUGAAACACAUGACGGCUGUGAUAAUGUCAGAAAGUUUCGCGAAAUUGGAUGAUAAAAUGGCAAAAUCUUUUAUGAUUGAAGCGGCCAAGGCCGGUGUUUGUAAGACGUAGUCUGUCUUGGUUCCUUGUCUCAAGGAUGUUACUACAUUUCGAUAAGAAUGGAACUCCGGUCUGUUAUCGUUUGACCAUUCGCGACAACAUUUGUAGUAUAACAAGCCGAUGGAGUGCUCACUUAGAUAUUUUGCAUUUAUUUUUUCUUGUUAGCAAUAAGUAUAGAUACGCGCAAUUUGUGCGCCUAAUUAUACGUCUUAUUUACUGCGCGCAUUCCGAUCGUUCUAUAUCAGUCUACAUGUUAUCAUCCUAUAUAUAUAUAUAUAUAUAUGUACGUAUGUAUGUACGUAUGUAUGUAUGUAUGUAUAUGCGCACGAGACUUAGUUUUCAUUACUUCGAUUUAUCUUCGAAGAACGAAUUUGAUGUGUAAUCUCUGUUCUGUGAUGUCUUGAAAUUCUGAUGUGAACGAGAAAGACAAAGUGUUGUCUCGGCGACCUCAAUCGAUAUAAACGAGUUUCAGUUUUUGGAUGUGUGCCUCAGCAACGUAGGAAGUUUGUCAAAAAACUGCAAGAAGCCAUUCCCUUUUACCGUGAAGCAUUCCUGAUAAUCUUUCGUAACAUACGUGAUAAUAUGUCUGUGAUUUGUCGUUAAUUUCUUGUUUAAGUUUCUGUAAUCUUUGUAAAAUUUAUUUCACUGUAUAUGUAUCUGAAGAAUAUAAUAUAAUAAGAAUAUAAUACAAUAUAGCACUGCUGUGUUAUCCAUACC